UCCCGCCUACCAUAUAGUACAAUGAGGGGCGCAAGGCGGUUCUCUCAUUCUGGGAGGACAUCAUGAGCUGUCACGCUGACAGCUGGAGAGCAGAGCAGAGCCGGUAAUCGGCAUCCCUCAGAGGGGACAUGUGCACUGUUCAUCAGGGCACUGAUGAUCAGUGUGCCCUGAUGAUCUCUGUAGCCCCAGCAAUGCCACCUGUCAGUGCCCAUCAGUGCCAGCUGUCAGUGCUCAUCCAUGUCACCUGCCAGUGCCCAUCAUUGCCACAUCAAUGCCAUAUAUCAGUGCCUACCAGUGCACAUCAAUGCCACAUAUCAGUGCCCACCUGAGCUGCCUUUCAGUGUCACCCAUCAAUGCCAGUAAGUGCCACCUAUCAGUGC